AUGACUUUCUAAUAUGAUGAAAUAUUAGUUAAAUUUGUUUAUCUUAUUAUAAUGAUUUCAAAUUAACUAAAUUAUAUAUUUCAGGUACGCCAAUUUACUAUGUAUCAUUAAUUACAAGUUUAUUGCACGUUAAUAAAUUCAUUCAAUUAUUAUUUCAUCAGUAUAAUUAUCUUAAGAGUCUGUAUUUAUAUAUAUCCCAUUCAUUAUUGGGGGCAUAACCUCUUCGUUUUGAAAAUCUGUGUCUCUUGGUAAGUAGAAAAGUUAAUCGUUCAUCACUACAGGGUAGGCAAAUCUAAAUAUUUAAAUAGCUAAAUCAGGCUCCAUUGGUCUUUAUAUUUAGGAAAUAUCGAAUUUUGUCUCAGUAGGGAUGAUGCCAUAUUAAGCAUGCUUAACUACGAUUUGGUUUCCUCCCUUUUCAAGAUAGAUUUUAUGAAUUAUUCCUGA